UUGAGCACGAAUCUGUGCCGGACUCCUGUCAGCGCGCAGCUUCUCGCCGUCGCUCUAUGCGCAUCUCAGCCAGGCGUAGACUCACGCAGGCGGUAUUUUUUGCGCACUAACAUCCGUUUAGUCACUCUCGUUCGAGACAUUAAGCAAUGCAACGACAUGGAACAUUUUCCCCCCUUUUUGCUUAUCACUGAAUGUCUUCUGACGAGCGUUAGAGGCAAAUAAAGCGAGGAGCUGGAUAGGGGAUAUGAGCAGGUGGCGCUAGGACGUGGAGGGAGCGACAUAACCGGGCUUCCACUGAUCAAGGUGGAUCGAUAGAUGUUCUCACCUUCAUCCCUGACGAUCAUGCUUUAUUUUCAGCUGGUGAUCAUGGCGGGGACUGUCAUGUUGGCGUAUUACUUCGAGUACACGGACACCUUCAACGUGCACGUCCAGGGCUUUUUCUGCUAUGACAGCUCGUACACGAAGCCCUACCUCGGACCGGAGGAGUCGAGCGCUGUGCCCCCAGCCCUCCUGUAUGCGGUGGUCGCCGGGAUUCCCACGCUGGUGAUAACAGUAACGGAGUCUGUCCUGUUCCUACUUCAGUACACUUCUAAAGACUUUGCCACUAGAGAGAAGACCGUCGUCACAGGAGACUGCUGUUACCUUAAUCCACUCGUACGACGGACUGUCCGAUUUCUGGGCGUGUACAUCUUCGGCCUCUUCACCACGGACAUCUUCGUGAACGCCGGCCAAGUGGUGACCGGCAACCUGGCUCCUCAUUUCCUCACUGUGUGUAAGCCCAACUACACAGCGCUGGGCUGCCAGCAUGCACUGCGCUUCAUCAGCCACCAGGAGGCCUGCACGGGCAACGAGGAGGACGUGCUCCGCGCACGCAAGACCUUCCCCUCCAAGGAAGCCGCCCUGAGCGUCUACGCUGCGCUUUAUCUCGCUAUGUACAUCAGCUGUACAGUGAAAGCCAAAGGAACGAGGUUAGCAAAGCCCGUCUUGUCCUUGGGGCUGAUGUGCCUGGCCUUCCUGACGGGGUUGAACCGUGUGGCAGAGUACCGCAACCACUGGGCCGACGUCAUUGCGGGGUUCAUCGUCGGCCUGGCCAUCGCCACCUUUCUGGUGGUUUGUGUUGUGCACAACUUCAAGGGCAAACUCUUGUCGAACGAAACCCUGGAGAAGGAUACACCGCCCAGCCCUCCCAUGACCAGCCUUCCUAGAGUAGAGAGCCCCCUGCAGAAAUACAUAGCCUCACAGGUGGCAGAACUUAGGGAGGUGGAGGCUGUCCCCGCUACCGCUCUCAAAUCACGCGUCGUCAGGUUCUUUAGCUGGAUCACGGGGAUGAGUCGCUUCGAGCACCUGCAUCACACAAGGCAAUAAACAAUCACAUCGCCUUCGCUGAGGUCACAUGACACUGAAGCGGCCAUUUGCCAGACACAUUGGUCGUCAUCCUUCUUUACCGUCCAGCCAUCGUAGUUCAAUACCUGUUUUCACAUCUUAUUUGAAGACCCCCAAAGCCCUGACAGUCCUAAUGGAAAUAUUGGGAGGCAUAAACAAGACUGUCCUUCCACCCACCAACCCAGUUUGCCGUUACGUAUUUCCCAGGCUAGACUUGAAACAGAGAAAUUAAAAAGAAGGUUUUGUAUGAACCUUGUAGCUGCUGAAGCCUACACCUUCUGAUCCUUUGGCAAAAUGUAUAAAACGAUGUGUCUUACAGUCAGAAAGAGACUAAAUAUUUUAUCGGUAUUUAUUUUGCUGUUUGUUCCUUUUUAUUAAAAGAAUUUGUAUAUUCGUUUAGACAAAGACAGAAAACUAAUUGUUUUUGUAGCAGAAGAGAAUAAGCCAGGUGUUUAGGUGAUUCUUCUCUUUUAAGAUGGUAACGCAUCACAAGCUGGGUCUCCUGUGUUUCUGCUGCACUGCAAACCUCACAUGUCCAUGUAAACAAUUAUGGAAAUAAAGUUAAUAAAUGACACUGAAUUAUUCAUUUGGGUCUAGUACUCUGGGAAAUCUGUACCAUUAGGACUUUUAAGCAGGUGUUACAAAGUGUUUUAGCAUGAUCACUAGGAGUGAAAUGUGUGUGUGCAUCUUCCGUGUAUAAAUUGUUGGAGUUGGAAAACAAGUUGAGCUGCAGACAUGCUUUCUGCCACUGCUUCUUCUUGAUGGACCUUCAUCAGGAGGAGUUCAUGGGAAACGCGUGGGAAGUCCUCUGCUGUGGCAGA